AUGUCUGUCGACGAUUAUGAUGAUAGUGAUAAUGAUAAACAUCCUUCCCACGUUAAUAUAUCUACUCAUUCAAAAAAACGACCAAAGAAAAGAACUAUUCCACGACAAAUUACUGUGUCUCCAACAGAAUUGGCUUUCUCAAAAGCAUUAGAUAUUGAUUUUAAAAUAAAUCCUGACUAUCUUUCAAAAGGAAAUCAAUCUCUCGAGAAAAAAAUUCAUUCAAUUUUACCAUCCACAAUUAAUAUUGAAGAAUCAAGAAUGAUUGCUUUACAAAUGUAUAAAAUUAUUUCAAUUGAAUUAGUUCAAUCGUUAUGGAAUAUUUAUCAAAAAUCAUGCACGGGUAAUUUACAAUCGACAUUAUCUAUUAGUCAUAUGGAUGAUAAAAUUGAUACGAAAAUUUGUCCAACAGAAAUAAAAUCUUAUAUGAAAUUAUGUAAAUUGCAAAGUGAAAAAAAUGAUAUUCAUCCAUAUUUAACCUUUGUUAAUCAUUGUUUACAUGAGUUUAAAGAUCAAAGUGGACAUUAUCGUAAAGAACUGAAUAUGAAAGCCGGUCGUUUAGUUGGUUAUACACGUAGUCUUGAAUAUGUUAUUGAAAAAUUUGUUCAACAAGGAUUGAUUUGUAAACGCAUCGAAAUUGAUCGUGAAAUUGCUUUAGUUCAAUAUCAUUAUACGGAUGUAUUACUAAAACGUACUUUUCUUACACAAAAUCCUAAUGAAAAUCAAAUUAAAGCAGUAAAACAUCUUUGUAAACUUCAAUAUAAUCAAGAAAUGACAAGACAUGAAGCAAAUUUUUUAAAACAACAAAUUCCAAAUUAUAUUGCUUCUCAUCCAUUUGAAAAGGAACAAUCUAUCGGUCAAUUUCCAUUACUGAAUGAUAUUAAUGAUGCUAUUCUACGACAACAAUUGUACAAACAAUACAAGGAUACUGCUGAACAAGCAAGAAAUAAGAUGAUGAAUAUUUAUUUAGAAUGUGCUGAAACACAACGAGACCAAUGUCAACAAAAAUACAAUAUCGAAAUGAAACAACUAUGGGAUAAUGAAAAAACUCUUCCAUCUGAACUACGACUAACAACAAUGAUGAAAAAUAUAAUUGAGCAACGUGCUGCUAAUAUUAAAGCACGUAUCGAAUGUUUAUAUAAAUUUAAAAUUCAAUUACAUCAAAUGAAACCUAAUAUUCAAUAG